AUGGCCGACAGCGCGGUACCUGAAGCCGACGCCGCCCCCGUCGCCGUCUUCAAGCGGCGAGGCGCAAAGGGCAAGGCCAACAUCCGCAAGAGGCCCGCGACACCACCACCUGCUAACAGCGACUCCGACUCCGACUACUCCUCCUCCGAGGACGAAGCAGGCCAGCGCGUCAAGAGGCGCAAGAAGAACGCGGGAGCCAUCACAGCAUCCUCCAGGGACCACGCCACAUCAAAUAAAGAUCUCUCCGCCACAGUAUACACCGCUGAUCGCAGCGUGCCCAUAACGGACUCCAACGAUGCCACAAAACACAGCAAUUGGUACGACGAGGACGGCAAGGACGCGCUUUCUUCCAAGAACCUGCUAGGUACUACGCGGGCCGCACCGAAGGGGUCACAGGCCCCCGACGGUACUUACAAGGGCCUCGCGAACCAGACAUCCUUCAUCACCAAGAACCCGGACGCGCCAAACAGGACCGUCGGGCCCAUCAAGGCGCCCACGAACAUCAGGACCAUCACCGUCACCGACUUCGCGCCAGACGUCUGCAAGGAUUACAAGCAGACGGGCUUCUGCGGUUUUGGCGACAACUGCAAGUACCUCCACGCGCGAGAGGACUACAAGCACGGGUGGCAGCUCGACAAGGAGUGGGAGAGCGUCACCAAGGGGAAAAAGAACAUUGGCGGCACCGUGGUCGCCAGCGCGGACCGGGGGGCUAAGGCCGACGACGAUGACGACGACGCCGAGGAGGAGGCCAUGCUGGAGAACAUACCCUUUGCGUGCAUCAUCUGCAAGGAGCCCUACAAGGCGCCCAUCAUCACGAGGUGCGGGCACUACUUCUGCGAGCCUUGCGCGCUCAAGAGGUACAGGAGGGACCCGACGUGCGCCGCGUGCGGCUCGGGCACCAACGGCGUCUUCAACUCGGCGUCGCGGUUGAAGAAGUUGCUAGAGCGGAAGAGGGAACGCGCGGCCAAGAGGCGGCAGGAGGCAAUAGAAGCAGGGGAGGAGGUGAGCGAUGAGGAGGAGGAAUAG